AUGCGCUCGCUUCACAAUUGGGGCGCUUUAGUGUCGCUAUUUGCGACUUUGGCAGCUGCUGCAGAACAACUUGUUUUUCCGGCGGACUUCACGCCUCCACAGGUGUUCAAGCAGAGUAAUCUGUUAAGAACAAUUGACCUCACAAAGCCAUACGCGCGCGAGAUUAUUGCUGCGGUCGUCGAGAAUAUCUCGAAACAGCCACAGACUAGAAAUAAGAAAGGUUCGGGAGAGGAGUUUGUAGUAACUCCUGUGGAGUAUAAUGAUGAUAGUUCUUUACAAUACUACCGUAUUCUCUUCGAGCCUGCCGUCCCUGCUGGACACUCCAUCACUCUUCAAAUCAGCUUAGCAGCUACGGAUAUACUUACUCCAGUUCCUGCGCAAGUCACCCAAGUCGAGAAGCAGUUCCUACAAUGGACUGGUAGUCAAUACGCUUUGUCCGCGUACACGACUGAGAAGCAGAAGACCAAAUUGAAACUUGCUAGCAAUGAAGUUCCCGACUUCACCAAGCUCGAGCCUAAGGCUGAUGGAACCGAGGAUCCUACCAAGUCUGGUAAUCAGUUUACUUUCGGACCCUACUCUGUUGUCGAGGCUGGUAAGGCUGGUGAAGAAGUCACUCUUCGAUUCGAGUACACCAACCCGGUGAUUAAGAUGGAUCGUAUGGAGAGACUCAUCGAGGUGUCCCACUGGGGUGGUAACCUCGCUAUCGAGGAACGUUACUGGAUGACAAACAACGGCGCAAAGCUCAAGGAACAAUUCUCCCGCGUCGCAUGGGCCGCAACAAACUAUUACAACCCCCCCACUACCGCCAUCAAGCAGCUCACUUUCCCUCUAAGUGUUGGCGCGAAGGACCCUUACUUCACUGACGAAAUCGGCAAUGUGUCCACUUCCCGCUUCCGCUCAAACAUUCGUGAAGCAAACCUCGAGCUCAAGCCUCGUUACCCGGUUUUCGGUGGAUGGAACUAUACCUUCGUCACCGGAUGGAACCACGAUCUCCGUGACUUUGUCCGUGGACACAAGAACGGCGAGGACUUUGUUCUCAAGGUUCCUUUCCUAGAGGGUCCAAAGGAGGCUGUCACCUACAAAGAUCUUGAGGUUACUAUUGUGUUGCCUGAAGGCGCCACUAAUGUGAAAUACGUCUCCCCCAUUCCUCUUGUCAAGGAGGAACAGUAUCUCCACAAGACAUUUAUGGACACAAUCGGCCGCACUGCCGUGAAGCUCACUGCUGUCAACGUAGUAGAUGAGCAGCAUCGCAAAGAGCUCGUCGUCAGCUACCAUCUACCCCAGACGGAAGCUUUGAGGAAGCCGUUUGUCAUGUUCAGUGCAUUGAUGGCCAUGUUCACGCUAAGCUGGAUCGUGAGCAAGAUUGACCUUAAGAUUGGGAAAUAG